CAGUAUAGGACGGCGGCGCAGACCAGAAGGGGAAACCGGGCUGGCGUGGUUGAACAUGAUGACUUUGAAGUGUAUUGUUUUUCAGGUCUCCCGGUUCGACAAUGGACACGCGGCGAAGUCAACGUGGCCAUGGGCCCUCCCCCUGACGACGAUCAAAAGGACGAUAUUUGGGCGAUAGAGUUGCCUUUCGGCAUGCCCAAGGAUACAGCACUCUUGCCGCCACAUUCCCAGGAGCUUCUCAGGGCGAUGAGGUCCGGUAGGGUGUAUAAGCGGCCCCCGCCCGAGGACGAGGACGAGGACAUCGAUUUCGGGACCAAGGGCGACAAGAAGGAGCCUGAGGUGGGGAACGAGGGCUUCACUGUCAGAGCGUGGAAGCAGAUGCCGAGGAAUGCAGAGGUCCCCUCAGUCUCCCACUUGGCAAAAAGACACAAGGGCACCAUCACACUGGCGAGUACUGCAAGUGUCGCUCAUAUACCGGGACCGACAAUCACCAGGGCGACUGUGAGGAGGAUCGAUGCGGCAGGCAAUCCGUAUGAGCAGACGAUCACAUUGAGUGAAGGACAGCAAGUCGACGGUGAAAUCAUUCGCACGACGGUAAUGCCUGCACCGGUUGCUGCGGCUGGCGAGGCGCUUGGGCAGCAGGCGACACCCGUCAAACGGAGACCACCGCCGCCUAAGAGGAAGGCCAAGGGGCCGGGCAGAGGAAGGAAGAAGGGAAGCGGGAAGAUUGGUCAGUUGCCUUUGCCUGCCACCAGGUCACAGCAACAAGCAGCUGCUGGGGGCGAGGCUUUGGCUGAAGCCACGGUUGAGGGCGUACUCGGCGAGGGUCCACCAGGGGUUGUCAUUACGUCCGAGGAGAACGGCGAUGCAGCAGGCCAGGACACCGAGAUGGCCGACAACUCGGUCAUUCCUUCCGAUGAGGAGGACGGUGACGAAGGGGACGAAGGCGACGAAGACGGUGAGGAGGAAGGUGGCGACGAAGAAGCCGGCGAUGAAGAGUCAACAGCGACCCCUGAAGUGGGCAACGCUCCAAGUGAUGUCGAGCAGGUUACAGAGCAAGCUCAAGGUCAGGAUCAAGAUCAAGAGAUGCUCGGCUCAGACGCUUCGGAGGUUAUCCGACCAAGCUCGAUUGAGGAACCUGAAGACGAGCAGCUGCCUCGUCGCGCCACCCCCGAAGAGGAGGUCACAGUUUCCAGACCACGGUUCCAACUGGGUCCACAAUUUAACUCUCCCCGCGCGGAAGGCAGUCCCCUCAAGAACGUCAUGGUCGUGUCGCCCACCGAGCCAGCGACCGCGCCUGCUGCUGCCAGCUACCUCGACAUCCAAUCUACUACCGUCUCCAUGGACAUUGACCUUGGAAACACUCAACCAAACAUCCCUCUUCCAUCCUCAUUGGAAAUAUCAGCUACGGUGCAAUCAGAAACAGCCGUUACCUCUGAAACAUCAUCCGCUCCUAAGCCCAGCGCAUCUACGCCCCCAAUGGCAGAUCAACAAGCUUCUGUGCCCGCAGAAUCCAUCUCUGAAGCUCUCACGAUGCCAGAAGAGCAGCCCCCGUUCUCGGCGCAGACAACCGAGCCUGUCACCGCAUCCGAAGCUUCUGUUUCGCUUGAGGUCCCAACGCAAAUCCCAGAGGUCUCUCUCCAGACAUCAGCCUCUCCUACUCUUCCUACUGCUUCCGAACCCCCUCAGGCAUCCGAAGCAGGUAGCCCCGAUCUUUUAGGCAGUCUUGAGGCCGAGCUCGACAGGGAAAUGUCACUCAACAAUCGAUCCCCGCCGCCUGGUGAGCAGGAAAAACCAUCCGCAACAGAAGCCCAGUAG